AAAGGAUUGGACACCUAAAACUUUUUCUAAAGAGCUUGAGUAUGUCAAGAGGAUUUUUUCUGGCAGCAAGGAUGUGAGAGGAAAACGACUUCUUGAGAUUGCAAAUCAGAUGCUUGCAAGAUUGGCAAAUAAGACUGAAGUUGCUGAGGUCUAUAGUCUUGUAAUGGCCUUCUUGACUGACAGUGAUAAUUCCAAGCUUGGCACUAGUUCUGCCUUGCCUGAAAAGGAGCAAGGAAAAGGAAGCAAUGGUUCUGCUGGGCCUACUCAUGAUAUGUGGCGCAAAUCUGUUCAUUCAGAUAAAGCUCCUCGAGUGGAAAGUUCAUCAAGCCUACCUCCUGGCUUCCAUGUGGACUGGACUGAGAAACGCCCUUUUGAGUCAGACUCGCAGAGGAACACUCAAAGGCAAUCAUUUAUGCCUGAACUAGAUAGGUUUAUCACAAUGAAACAGGAGGAGGCCAAAAUGUAUCGAGCACACGCUGAUGAGGCUAGAAGAGAAGCUGAGCGCCUGAAACAAUAUGCAAUGGCAAAGAAUGAAGAAAUUGAAGAAGAGUAUAGGAGUAGAAUCACAAAAUUACGUCUGAUUGAGGCUGAGGAAAUUCGUAAACAGAAGUUAGAAGAAUUUCAGGCUCUAGAAAGAGCACAUCAUGAAUACUCUAGCAUGAAGAUGAGGAUGGAAGCAGAUAUUAAAGAUCUCUUGCUGAAAAUGGAAGCCACAAGACGAAAUCUUGCCAUGUGAGAAGCUAAUUAGCAGAGACUUCUAUCAUCAACUCAGGUAAAACCCCUUAGCGUAGAGAUUUGUGUUGUUUGAGCUGCACAUUAUGCUUCAAGGUUACCGUAGCUUCUUAUUCUUAGGUGUAUGUUGGGAUCUAGAUUAAGAUUUCUCUAUUUUCUUAUCCACUGCUAACCAGAAUAUGUACAGGGACAGCACAUCUCUUCAUCUUAUAAACAGCUACCUUUUAUGGAAGCAAUCAUGAUAGAGAUGUUUUAGGUUUUCUUUUCUUUUCUUUUAUUUUUUUUUUCUUCUUUCCUUUUACAAUUACCUGUAGGUUUAAUUUGUAGACUAUCUAUUUGCCUCUAUUGUUUGCAGUGCCUGUAAAAGCAAAGCUUAAUGAUGGGUUUUAGCCAGUAAUUAUAAAUGGUGGUCGCCGAG